UGGGAAAGUAUGAAAAUUGCGAACUUUGGUAUUCGAUUCGAUUUGAUUAAACAAUGGGGGGAACAGUCGUGAAGACGACAUCGUUUGAUCUCGGAACCAACAAAAAGAGGAAGAAAAUCUCAAGACUAGUCAACUUCAAGAUUUGAGGAAAAAAUUGUGGUGAAUCAGUGAUUCCUUCCGUGUGCUACAGUAGCUCUUGUCGUUUUUAUUGGCUUUUUCGAUCUUUCUAAAACAGGAAAACACUUCAGAGUUCGAAUCGAUUCGGAUAAUUCUCCUUUUCUGAGAUGGAUUGAUCAAAAAGACUUGAUCUUUAGGAAUUUUCUCUUCUGGGUUUCUUUUUUUUUUUUUUUUUUUNGAAAGGGAUACACGAUGGAGUCUUCGUUGAUUCAUCAUAUCAUCAUUGUGUUGCUCUUACUCUGGUUCAUCUCUUCCUUGAAUCGAUCCCACGCUUUUUUCUAUUUCCUCGCUCUCAUCUAUCUCUACCUGGUUCAUGAACGGUAUGUGAUGAGGUUAAAGAGAACGUUGCAGUUUGAAGAGAGGAAGCAAGCUAAUCAAAGAAGGGUUCUAUCUGACUCUGAAUCUGUGCGGUGGAUGAAUUAUGCUGUGGAGAAGAUAUGGCCUAUCUGCAUGGAACAGAUUGCAUCUCAAAAGAUUCUGGGUCCAAUCAUACCUUGGUUCUUGGACAAGUAUAGACCUUGGACAGCGAAAAAAGCUGUGAUACAGCAUCUUUACAUGGGAAGAAACCCGCCUCUGCUGACUGAUAUAAGGGUCCUUCGCCAAUCUACGGGUGAUGAUCACUUGGUACUAGAACUUGGAAUGAAUUUUCUCGCAGCAGAUGAUAUGAGUGCAAUACUUGCUGUGAAAUUAAGGAAACGGCUUGGUUUUGGGAUGUGGACAAAACUGCAUUUAACGGGGAUGCACGUGGAAGGAAAGGUGUUGAUCGGAGUGAAGUUCCUGCGUCGAUGGCCUUUCUUGGGACGCUUACGUGUGUGUUUUGCUGAGCCUCCGUAUUUCCAGAUGACUGUUAAACCAAUCUUCACUCACGGGCUUGAUGUUGCUGUACUUCCAGGCAUCGCAGGAUGGCUAGAUAAACUUCUUUCAAUCGCAUUUGAACAGACCCUUGUUCAGCCAAAUAUGCUUGUUGUUGACAUGGAGAAAUUUGUUAGCCCGAAGUCAGAAAAUUGGUUCUUUGUUGAUGAGAAAGAACCAGUUGCACACGUCUUAGUUGAAGUCUUUGAAGCAUCAGAUGUUAAACCAUCUGAUCUAAAUGGUUUUGCUGAUCCUUAUGUUAAAGGGAAACUUGGUUCUUACCGAUUCAAAACCAAGAUACAGAAGAAAACAUUGUCCCCAAAAUGGAAUGAAGAGUUUAAGAUACCAAUCUUUACAUGGGACUCUCCAAGUAUACUCAACAUUGAAGUUCGAGACAAAGACCGAUUUGUGGAUGAUACCCUUGGUGAAUGUUCAGUGAAUAUCGGAGAGUUUAGAGGCGGCCAAAGAAGCGAUAUGUGGUUGCCUCUACAGAACAUCAAAGUAGGAAGGCUGCAUCUUGCUAUAACUGUAAUCGAGGACAAUGGAAAGUUGAGUGAGGAUCCCUUCAAAAGAGCGAAUCUAAACAAGGAAGACAUACAGACUUCUUUUGCUUCUGAUACUGCAAACCAAGGCUCUUUCUCGUCAGACAGAUCUCCAAGUGUUGUGGAUAACUUUGAGCCAGUUAACGUUGAAGGGCAAGAAGAGACUGCAAUUUGGGUUCAAAAGCCAGGAGCUGAAGUCUCACAGAUUUGGGAACCAAGAAAAGGAAAGAGUAGACGUCUUGAUAACCAAAUACAAAGAAAUCCCAAUGAUGGAUCGCCCAAAAAUGAAAGCAGCAGCACUGACGAAAAUCAUGAGGGAUCAAAGAAUCCAAUGAAGUCUGUUGGUAGAGGAUUGAGAAAAAUUGGGUCAGUGUUUCAUAGGAAUGGGAAAAAGGAAGAGUUUUUAAUUGGAAGCAUUGAAGAGGAGUCACAGACAGAGUCACCUCGGAUCAAUCUGAAGGCAAUAAACCAAAAGGAUGUUGGAGUUAACUUCAUCGUUGAAGACAAUCUAUCGGGUCCUCUUUCAGGAAAGAGUUUAGAAUGUGAGAGUUUGGAUUCAGAGGAGAAUGCAGGUAAAGGUCAUAUGAAGGAUGUUGCAAAGAGCUUUCUAAAACAAGCUGAAAAGUCUGCAAAACAGUUCAAGCACGUGUUUUCACGUAAAGGAUCCAAGAAAGCACGAGAUGGACAACAAGAAAUCGUUCCUGAAUCUGACUCUGGAUCUUAUUCUGACACUUCUGAUGAAGAUGAUGAUGCGUUUACCUGUGUACAGAAUCUGGCAACAGAAACAGGAACACCGAGAGCUCUUACACGCGAUGGGAAUAUUGCGAGAACAGGAGAUGAUGAUCAUGCAGAUUCAACAACAUUAGCAAAUGCUAAGGAAGUUCAGAGUGGUGAUCAUAUUGCGGAGAAUUUGACAGAUGUUGAAGCUAAAGAGGAGAAAUUAGAGGACGCAGCAGAAUCUGAAACUAUAGGUAUCGACGCGGCCAUGAACAUCAAAACCGAAGAUGAGAAAGUAGAGAUGCCUAAGAAUAUCAAAGAAGGGGGAGAAAAGGAAUCAUCUUCAAACUAAAAUUGUAUAUCUUGUGCACAUCAACAACGUUCAUGUAUCUGUUUAUUGGUUUACAAUUUGAAAACCUACGAACCAAAUGAAGGUCUUGAGCUUAUAUGAACCCUACUUUUUGUU